UCGAUCAGUGCGGAUUCCAUUGUUUUAUUUUGAUUCUGUCGGGAAAUUUUUGUAACUCUUCUUCUUAUAUUAGAUUCAUACGUAGAUAUUCGGAUUCGACCGGAUGGAUCGAUUAGUUUCGAUUGUAACCGGAGCAGCGAGAACCAGAUCUCGAAACGACGAUGACUUCGCGGAUAGGUUGAGUUCCCGCUACACCGUCGUCUUCCUCAUCCUCUUCGCCAUCUUGGUCUCCAUGGGUCAGUACGUCAGGAACCCGAUCACCUGCUGGGCGCCGAAACACUUCCACGACAGCCACACCAAGUUCACGACGAACUAUUGCUGGGUCAAGGACACCUACUACCUUCCGUGGGACAGUAACGUAAAGAACGACGAAUCUCACUAUGAGCCCCGACAGCGGAUAGCUUACUACCAAUGGAUCCCAUUCAUCCUGCUGGGCAUGGCCGUCUGCUUCUUCUUCCCCUCCCUCGUCUGGCACGGGUUCAACACGAAAAGUGGCGUCGAUGCAGACAGCAUCCUGUCUGCUUCCCACAAACUGGAGAGGAUCGAUUCGUACGAUUCGAAGAAGAAGACGCUGAGAAUCAUCACAAAGCAGAUUGACAGGUUUUUGAAUAGCAGACAAAUUGUUGACUUUAAAUCUAGGGUCGGAUGUUUCCUCUCAACUGUUUUCUGCCAUUGUUGCGGAAGAAGGACAAGCAGUUACCUGGUCAUCUUGUUUCUUAUCUCGAAGGUCAUCUACAUCUUCAACGUCGUCUUCCAGUUGGUGGCACUGAGCUAUGUUUUGAAAGCGAAGUUUCACAGUUUCGGAAUCGACAUGUUGUCUCGCUUCUUCAAUCUUAAAAAUGACUGGACCGAGGAUAGUUUCGUGGCUUUCCCUAGGGUUACCCUCUGUGAUUUCAGGAUCAGGGGUCAAGAUUUCGCCAACGUGCAGAACCACACCGUGCAAUGCGUGCUCCCCGUUAACAUGUACAACGAAAAGAUUUUCCUCUUUCUGUGGUUCUGGAUGUUCAUCGUGGCUGCUGUCAGCGUCAUCAACCUCCUAAUUUGGAUCGCUCGUAUUCUGAGCAGAAGAGAUAGGAUGACGUUCAUUAGGAACAGACUUUCAUCAAAACUUCUCACAAAUAAAGACAACGAACUCGUGAAGCAUUUCGUCCUCGACUACUUGGGACAAGACGGCUGCUUCAUUCUUCGUUUGGUGGCGCACAACACAAAUCACGUGACUACUACUGAAAUUAUUAACGAUCUUUGGGAUAGCUGGUACGAGAUGAAGUCCUCCAGUACUCCAUCCACUUCACUGGGGUCCAGACACUUGUACCCGGAAAUGGAGAUGGACGACUUUAAACCACUGAAAGAUAUCAGAUAGGUGGAUAAAUUGCAUUCAUCAUUGCAUUCGGAGAAAUAAAAAAGCACAUUUUAAAUGAUUUCAUUUUAAAUUACUGUUCUGUUUGUUCUCGCUGGUAAAAAAGUACUUGAACACUUCUUUUUAAAACAUUCGUUAACAACCUUCAUUUUUUAAACAGUUGAAACUCUUCAUACAAUUGUCGUUGGACCAUCCUUUUAACGUUUAUCAUUUUGACUGGUAAAAUUUUAACACUUAUAGAAUUAAGCGCUAAUUAAUGUUAUGCACUGUAAAGUAUUUAUCUACCAAACAUUUUAUUUUGACUUUUCGUAUGCUUGUAAUUUUUAAACAAUUCUAGGAUCUUUAUUGCCUUAGUAUAUGUAAAAAUCUUUUAAUAUAUAUAAAGAAAGAGAGAGAGAGAAAGAAAGAGAGAGAGAGAAAGAGAGAGAGAGUGAAAUCCUCAGUUAAACACAUUUUAAUUAACUAAUUUUUCAUGUUUUAAGUUUUUUAGUAAUUAAUUUAGAAUGUUAUUUCAAGCUAAAAUUUUAAUUCGCCAUGUAAAUAAUUUUCUUAUUAUUUAUAUAAAAUGACAAUGCCUUAUUAAAAAUUAUUUAAAAUGUUUUCUAAAAUGACAAAUAACCAAUGUGUUUCUUAACUUUUUAGCUUCAUUUUUAAUAAUUUUACGAGAUUUUAUUGAUUGAUUGAUAAAAGCGCGUUUUUAAAAUUAAUUUAUGUUAUUUUAUGAUUGGUAAAUAGUGCGUAACUUUUGUGUUGAUAUUUUCAUUCAUAUGUGGUUUGUUGUCUUCGGCGGCAACAUUCAACAUUAAAAUUAUGUAAAAAAAACAAAGAGAGAGAGAGAGAGAAAGCAAAGCAGACAGACUAAAAUGUGCAACAAUGCCAUACAUCACAUGAUACCACAGGGUUUUUUAAUUUUCCAAUUUAUUAGAAUUAAAAAUCAGACGAGUAAAAUUUGUAAAAAAAAUUGUCAAAUACAUCU